AGGUGGGACGGCGGCGGCGAAGAAGACUACGGCGGUGACCGGGGUGGGGGGGGCGGGGAGUUUCGAACGAAUGUGGACGGUUUGUCUGUGGGCGCGAGCCGAGCGGCUCUGAGCGCUUGUUCCCGCCAGGGCCAGGGCCAGGGGGGAGGCCGCGGGGCCCCGGGGAGAGGCCGGGCCGAGGGCAGAGGGUAUGUCCGCGUCAGGACCGGAGUCGGAGCCGGAGCCUCGGCCCCUCAGUGAGCUGAUUGUCAGUGGUGAAGAGAAAAUGACUAACGCUGAUACUGACAGGUUGAACCAGGAAACCCACCAGACUUAUGAUUCGGAUGAGGAAAUUUUUGGCAGCAGGAAAGUGAAGGGGAGAAAGCCGCUCGAGAACAGUGAUAGUGAAGGGGAGAACACCCAUGUGAAAAAAGACAAUUACUCUACAUCUGAUGGAGAAAGUGAAGUUGACCAGCGAAACCUCAAUAUUAACACUGUAGAUAAGAGCAAAAAGUUACGUCGCAUUCAGCGACUGAUGUCGGAUAGCGGUGAAAGCGAUGAGGAUGAUCUGCCUAAUCCAAAUGGAGCAAAAUCCAGUCCUAUUGGUAACACAGGCAAGACUGCAGCAGAAUCAAUUCAAUCUGAUUCAGAUUCUUCAGUUAGACCACAAAAUAAUUCAAAAGGACAGGACAACCAAGCAAAAGGAAAGGGCAAAUCCCAGAGAUGGAGGGAAAGAAAUAAAAAUAAAUUGGCUGCACUUGAGAAACUAAAGAAGAAGAAAGAAAAGAAACAAAAAAAGCAGGAGGAGCUUACAACCUCCAAGACCUUAAAUGACAGUGGCUGCCUGUUUGUUGACAAUGACCUGUUUGAGACUGAAAUGGAUCAACUCCCUCAAGUAGGAGGAGAUGAUGAAGAGGAAGAGUCACUGGAAGCCAUAAGAGCAGCAGUCAAAAAGAAAGCAAAGCAAUCCAAGCGUAUGAGCCCAGUUCCAUCUGAUGAAAAUCUCUUUGAUGAUGAUGAUGAUGACAGCAAUGAGAAGACUGUAAAGAAGUGUCAGAAAAAGAUUCGUGUAGAAAGGAAGGCAGCAAAACAGAGUAAAGAGGCAAUGCGCCAGAUUCACAGUGAAACUCAGCGACUAAUGCGAGAGGCGAGUCAUUCUGUGCCAUAUCAUGUACCAGAACCCAAGACCAUUCAUGAUUUCUUCAAGAAACGAUCACGUCCGGUUUGCAAUGGAAAUGCCUUGGCCCUGCUCAAAUCGGUUAAGUAUGAAUCCUACUUGCUGCAGGAAACCUCAGACUCUACUCCAGCUGAGCCCAAAGCAUUGGUUGCUUGUCCUCAGGGUGACAGACAGCUGAGUAAUAACGAUAGAUGUUCUGCAACUGAGCAACCUCAUUCGGACAAUCCAUAUGACAAAGGGGAUGCUUGUCCUGAUCUAUGUACUGAUGAAGGUCAGAUAGAAAAUAAACAAACUGCAGAGACAAUCGAGCAUCUGGGUUUGAGCACAGUUUUGUCGAGCGAAGACAAAGACGGUGAAAUUAAUGAGGAAACAACAAACUCUUUUCAUUUGGAACUGACUGAAGAUUUGGAAACUGAUUCAAGUGAAAAAUUGACAGUUGUCCCUGCUGUGGAUUCUUGUGUAGAAAUACGUGACAAGACUGAGCCUGAUGCUGCAGUGAAGCUUGUCAAUGAUGUCAAUAUUGUCAGCAAUCUAGAGAACUGUAUCAAACCACCUGAAACAUUAGAGGCACCUCCAGUGUCCGAGCAACAGAAGUCCAAGCUGGACAAGUUACGGGAGCUAGGAGUCGACUUGACUCUGAAACCUCGGCUCUGUGCUGAUGCAGGUGCCUUUGUAAACUUGGAGGAGCCCAAAGAGAACAAAGCUUUAGAAGCAUUAAAAGAGCGAUUUCUGAAACAUGCGAUCAAGCCCUGUAAACCGAAACAGGAGCGACGGGUAGAGUUGAGCAUUAUUCGGAAAGAAAUCACCGCUGAUGGGAAAGAGGAGCUGAAAGCUGAUUCGGUAUCAGUGACCCUCGGUACAAAUGAAAUGGAGGAACUCGGUCCAACAAAACCAGGUGAGAAAUUGCAGGUUUUAAAAGCUAAACUCCAGAAAGCUAUGAAGCAGCGCCGUAUGGAAGAGCGUCAGAAACGACAGGAGCUAUACAAGAUUGAUAACGAGCAGGGCUUUGAGGAAGAGGAGGAGGAAGAGGAAGAAGAAAUGACUGAUGAAUCAGAGUCUGACGGAGAGAAUACAGAGACUGUGGAAUUCCUGUUUGGUGACGAAGAGGCUGAAGUGGAAUCGGAUGGUUUAGAGGAAGAAGAUGGUGACAGUAGCUCAGCAUCAAUUGAUAGACCACAAAAUCAGAACUCGGCAAUAAAAAGAGAUUCGACACCAAAGCCUCAAAUGACAGAAUCCUUGCAACUCUUCAAAUCUGACACCACUUCCUGUUCUAAAAUGAGUGAUCAGCAUGCUGGAGACAAGUCAUUGAUGCAACUUCAACACACCCCACCUAAAAGAAAACUUGAUGAAGAUGAUUCGGUCUCUCAGGCCUCCACAACAAAAGAGAACAGUCACAACAGCAGCUUUGAACUGGUGGGUUCAAUGAUUCCUUCAUACCAGCCAAUCAGUAAGCAGCCUGGCAGGUUUGGAGGUGCUAUGAUGGGAGGUUUCAGAUCGCCCUCACCAAGCCUUUUCAAUCCAAAUAGCGUGUUCAAAACCAGCUUCAUCAGUUCAACAUCUAAGAGUUCUGGAAAGUUGUCAGAACCGUCCCUGCCAGUGGAGGAUUCCCAGGACUUGUACAAUGCUUCUCCAGAACUGAAGAACUCGUUGGCUGGAUCCCAAUUCAGGUUCUCUCUCGAGGAUGAAACGCAAAGCCAAUUACUAGACGCAGAUGGGUUUCUGAACGUAGGCCAACGCAGUAACAAGUGGCAGCCAUCAAAGCGGCAGCUGAUGUUGGACAGUAUGGAUGAAAACGCAAUGGAUGCUAACAUGGGCGAGUUGUUAGGCUUGUGCUCAGGACAAUUUAAAUCUCAAAGUUCUGGUGCACCGAAGGAAAAUCACAAAGAACAGGAGGAAAAUCUGGAUGAGUUGCUUGGGCUUUGUUCUGGAAAAUUUGUUUCUCAAGGAGAAUCUUCAUUCUCCAGUUCUUCAGUUGCUGAAAAGCAGCCAAAAACAGUGUCCACUCAAUCAGAUGGGGAUCCAAUGACCGAGGUGCUUGCCCUCUGCUCAGGCUCUUUUCCUACAGACAGAGAAGAUGAGCUGGAGGAGGAGGAAGAUGACCAAUUUCAACUGUUAACUGAUGAUGAAGUUUUUAAGAGUGAGGAUGAGAAAAGCAGUGAUGGAGAGGAAGAUGGCGGUGAGGAGGAAGCGGAGGAGGAAGAUGAUGAAGAGAUACAGAUGGCGCGGGAACUGCGCAUGAAACGCAAGAUGAAACUGAGAGACUUUGUGGAGGAGGAAGCUGCGCUCUCGGGCAGUGAGGCAAGUGCUGAUGAAGAUGAUGCAGGAGACUAUGACGAGUAUGAGGAGGAGGUAAUUGAUGAAGUUCUGCCUUCAGAUGAGGAAUUGCAGCAACAGGUCAACAAGAUUCACAUGAAGGCAGUCCUGGAUGACGAUAAGCGCCAAUUACGUCUGUUUAAGGAGCGUUACCUGGCUGAUGGAGACUUGCACACCGAUGGGCCAGGGCGUACACGAAGGUUUCGUUGGAAAACAAUUGACGACUCUUCACAGGCAGACUUGUUCCCUGGAGAUUCUGAUGAAGAAGAGAAAGAAGAAAUAGAUGAGACAGAAAUGAAAUGGCGAAAGGAGCGUUUUGAACGAGAGCAGUGGCUUCGUGAGCAGUCGAACGCUGCAGAUAGUGAGAAAGAGGAAGAAAUUGAUGAGGACAGUCAGUUCAUGAAAUUGGCCAAAAAGAUUACAGUCAAAGCCUUGCAAAAGAAAGGUGAUCUUGCAGAUGCAGGACAAGAGAAGAACACAGGACCGAUGGUGUGCCAGCCUCUCAAAACCCCCUCUUGCCGUUUGAUGAAAAAUGGAUCCUUGCUGAACCGACCCAAGGAAGUGCUGCGCAAACUUGCAGCCAUAUCAGAGGUCAACCUAAACGCUCCACGCGCCAACUCGCGCAACUUUGUCUUUCACACACUUUCCCCAGAGAAGAAGGCUGAGAAAGUGGAAUCCAGACCAGAGGCUAAAAGGAAAACAGCUGCUGUGGCAAUCGCACCAUUGGCAAAGCGCCCACGGAUUGAGAAGCCCACUACAAAUAGCUCCCAGAUGAGAAGUAGUAUAUUCCGUUAUCUAGAGAAAUGAUUGUAAUUAUACUCUAGCUGCAAUUUGUAUACUGUUUGUGAGAUUGUAAAUUAGCUACGCUGUACAUUUAUGUGAUAUAAAUGCUCUUGUCAAUUUGUUUUAUCUAAUAAAUUACUCAUUUUUGUAA